AUGAAACUCACUCUCCAACAAAUAACCGGACACAACAAUCAAGAAUCGUGUUGGGUCGCGAUCCAUGGGGCUGUGUACGAUGUGACAGAAUUCUUGGACUCCCACCCAGGGGGUGCAACCGUGAUUUUGCGAUGUGCAGGUAAAGAUGCGACUGCGGAUUUCGACUCCGUUCAUUCACCGGAGCUGUUGAGUGAAGCACUCCCUGAAACUGCGCUCCAAGGCUACAUUGAUCCCGCCGAAUUGGACAAGCUAAAAGACACACCGAAUACGGUGACUGAGAAGCAACCAAAACCGGUCGGUGACAGUCCUCCGUCGUUACAGAGCCUAAUCAAUCUGCAAGAUUUUGAAAAGGUUGCCCAUCAGAGUCUGCGUGCCACGACAUGGGCCUAUUACUCAUCUGGCGCUGAUGAUGAGCUUAGCAAACGGAAUAAUGCUCUGGCAUAUCAAAAGAUUUCCCUUCGUCCACGUAUCCUGCGAAAGAUUCCUACUAUGAAUACAUCCACUGCGAUUUUAGGGUAUUCUACUUCGCUACCGGUGUAUAUAUCUCCAGUAGGCCUUGCAAAACUUGCCCAUUCAGAGGGCGAGUGUGCGCUGGCUGCUGCAGCUGGCAAAGAAGGACUGGUCCAAGUUCUCGCAAACGGAUCCAGCAUGACGAUUGAACAAGUGAUGAGGAGUCGUACCUCCCCGAACCAGCCAAUUUUCCAACAACUAUAUGUUAACAAAGACAUUCGGAAGUCUAUUGAGACUGUACGGCGAGCUGAAAGAGCUGGUGCUAGUGCUAUUUGGAUCACGGUCGACUCGCCUGUGGUGGGGAAACGUGAGAUGGACGAACGGCUCAACUUAACGGUGACGGCUACCGAUCAUACCGAGGAAGGAAAGGGAGUAGCGAAAAUCGUGGCCAGCUCAAUAUCUCCAUUCAUCGACUGGGGGAUUCUCACAUGGCUCCGCCAACUGACAGAUCUCCCUGUUGUCAUCAAGGGAAUCCAAUGUGUGGAAGAUGCCGUGCUUGCCUACCAGCAUGGUGUGCAAGGCAUUGUACUCUCAAACCACGGAGGACGCUCACAAGACACAGCACAAUCACCACUUCUGACUCUACUGGAAAUUCGAAAGUUUGCGCCUCACUUGAUUGAGGGUAAGAUGCAGAUCUUCAUUGAUGGUGGCAUUCGGCGCGGAACAGAUGUGCUUAAAGCUAUUGCGCUAGGAGCGACAGCUGUCGGAUUGGGCAGACCUUUUUUGUUCAGCUUGUCCGGAUAUGGCGAGAAGGGAGUACGACGGAUGAUCGAAAUCCUACGACAGGAGAUCGAAACAAACAUGGUCUUUCUGGGAGUUACGAGUCUCGACGAGUUAACACCCGAAAUGGUGAAUACCAGUCGUUUGGAGAAACAUUUGAUAGCCAGCGUGAAACUAUAA